CUGAAGCCAUUUUGGCAUCGAGCAGUGGCCGAGGGGCAGGGCGCAGGGACCCGACCGUCGCCGCGCGAGCCUCACGCCUGCAAGCCGCCCUCGUCUGGGCGCAUGGCGGUGCGCUCCGCGUUCGAGAGCAGCAGCGAAAUCGGUGUGUUUUCCACCCUCACCAAUUCCUACUGCCUGGUCGCCCUCGGGGGGUCGGAGAACUUCUACAGCGUGUUCGAGGCCGAGCUCGCCAGGCACAUGCCCGUCGUGCACUGCACCAUCGGGGGCACCCGGAUCGUCGGCAGGCUGACGGCAGGCAACAAGAACGGCCUGCUGGUGCCCAGCAUCACCACCGACCAGGAGCUGCAGCAGCUCCGGAACACGCUGCCAGAGAGCGUGAAGGUCCAGAAGGUGGAGGAGCGCCUCUCCGCGCUCGGGAAUUGCAUUGCCUGCAACGACUACGUGGCCCUCGUGCACACCGACCUGGACCGGGAGACGGAGGAGGUCAUCGCGGACACGCUCCAGGUGGAGGUGUUCCGCGCCACCGUGGCGCAGAACGUGCUGGUGGGCAGCUACUGCGUGCUCACCAACCAGGGUGGUCUGGUGCACGCCCGGACGCCGAUGCAGGACAUGGAGGAGCUGUCGCAGCUGAUACAGAUUCCCCUGACGGCGGGCACCGUGAACCGCGGCAACGACGUCGUAGGGGCGGGCGUGGUGGCGAACGACUGGGCCGCGUUCUGCGGCAUGGACACCACUGCCACCGAGAUUGGGGUGAUCGAGAGCAUCUUCAAGCUCCAGGCGCCCGGCCAGGGCAUGCAGAGCGCCUUGAUCGACACCAUGAUGUGAGCAGUUUCUCUGUGCGGGGGGAGGG